UGAGGAGGCGGGGCUUGGUCUUGCGGCUGCUGUACUUCGGCCGGCGACGGGCGAGGGAGGCCGGGGCUCGCCUGGGUCGACGCUGUCGGGAUGUUUCUGGCAGUCUGGGGCUUCCUGAAGCGCCACAGAAAGAAAUGCUUCUUCUUGGGCGCCUUCUUGGGCGGAGUUUAUGUACUUGGAAAAUAUGGACAAAAAAAAUUGAAAGAAAUUCAGGAAAGGGAAGCAGCAGAAUACAUAGCACAAGCACGAAGGCAAUAUCAUUUCGAAAGUAAUCAGAGGACUUGCAACAUGACAGUACUGUCAAUGCUUCCAACACUGAGAGAUGCCUUGAUGUAUCAGUUAAAUUCUGAGAGCCUCACUUCUCUGCUGAAAAACAAACCAUCCAACAAGUUAGAAAUAUGGGAAGACUUGAAGAUUAUAAGUUUUACAAGAAGUAUCGUCGCUGUGUAUAGUACAUGUAUGCUGGUCGUUCUUCUGCGAGUCCAAUUAAACAUCAUUGGUGGAUACAUCUACUUGGAUAAUGCAGCAGUUUGCAAAAAUGGCACAACACUUCUAGCUCCCCCUGAAGUCCAACAACAAUAUUUAUCGAGUAUUCAACACCUUCUAGGAGAUGGUCUGGUUGAAUUAAUUACUGUAGUUAAAAAAGCUGUGCAGAACAUAUUUGGAAGUAUAUCUCUCAAACACACUCUUUCUCUCUUGGAUUUGGACCAGAAGCUAAGAGAUAUUAGAACAGUAAUAGAACAGUCCAGAGAGACUGCCACCUGUGAAGAAAGUAGAUCACAGUCUCUAUUAUGUCAUUACAUGAUGCCAGAUGAGGAAAAUCCUUUAGCUACUCAGGCCUAUGGACUUUCAGAAAAAGAUGUUGCUACUAUUAAACUACUUAAUGAAACAAGAGACAUGUUGGAAAGUCCAGAUUUUAACAGAGUUUUGAGCUCGUGCUUAAAUAGAGGAUUCAGUCGAUUAUUGGACAAUAUGGCAGAAUUCUUCAGACCCACAGAACAAGACAUAGGCGAUAAUGGCUCCAUGAGUAGUCUUUCUAGUGUCAGUCUUCCUUUAGCCAAGAUAAUUCCAAUAAUAAAUGGACAGAUCCAUUCAGUCUGCAGUGAAACACCUAGUCACUUUGUUCAGGACCUGUUAACAAUGGAACAAGUAAAAGAUUUUGCUGCUAAUGUGUAUGAAGCUUUCAGUACUCCUCAACAACUAGAGAAAUGAACUGUGUAACAAGAGGAACACAUGAUGUAUUUAUCAGUGUCUGCUCCAUGUGAAUGUUUUACUUAAAUAAGGAAUCCCAUGAACAUAAGAAUGGUGCAGGAUCACAGACCACAAGACAAUGUACAGAAAUACAACUUGUAGUUUUUAUAUUGGAACAGAUUUCAAAACCUGAUUUAAAGUAGUGGAGAGAAAAAAAUCAUUGUGCUGUAAUAGCCUAAGAGGCAUAAUUAAGAGGCAAUCUUAGUUAUGAACAACUUGUUUACAAAAAAACCUCAGUGCAGUCAUAUAUCCUGAAAGAUGUACCUUUGUACUUAAAAUUGUGCAGACUGCAACAAAAAUAGAAGCCAGACCUUGCUGUCUUACUUAGUAGAACGGGAUUGGGAGAAGAAUUUUUUCAGACCUAUCAUCACUCAGUGAGAUCAUUCAGGUUGGAGAAACAGUUUUCAUGGAUUUGCUGAGGCAGAGGACACAGCUGGAUAUUUCGGAAGUGGGAGAGAAUAAGUAACUGUAUCCAGCAAACUCCUUGCAUACUUUCUCUCUUAGUGGCUUUUAGGUGAAACAUCUCUUAACAUCAAACAGAUGUUAAACAAGGCCACACUUUCCUGUGUCUCUUUCCCUCCUCCUGCAAUGAUCUCUGCUAGAGGGGCUACAAGGAGACUACUUUAUCUCCAGUGUAAUCGAUCUAAGAAUGCAAACACAGCAGUGGGGCUACAGUUUCGACACAUGAAGGUUUUCUAGCUUGGAGAUUAGAUAUGACAGCAUAUGUUCAACUACUAUGCUCUAAGGAACACCAUGCUGAGUUCUUGCUCUAAUGUUUCAGACUUGGAAUAGUUGGGUUUUAGAAAAUACUGUUUACACUGCUGGUAAAUAGCUACUGCUGUAUACAUUCAUUUGUAAAUAUUUUUAAUUUGUAUUAGUAGAAACCCUACAAAAUGCCUGUAUCACAGUAAAGUAUUUUAAUAAA